AAACAACACAAUAUUUAAAUAAAAAUAUAAAAUUUACGCAUUCCUGAAUAUAUUAUAUAUAAUAUUUAAAGUUAACUAUGACCGAAAUAAUAUUUAAAAUAAAUGGAAUUGAACAUAAAGCUGAUGGCAUGUUUGGUCCGGAUUUCACUCUAAAUGAAUACAUAAGAAAAGUUGCUAAUCUACGUGGGACGAAAGCCAUGUGCCACGAAGGUGGAUGUGGUGCUUGUAUUGUCAACGUUCGCGCUCCUCAACCACCAUCGAACGAAGUAAAAACGUUUGCUGUAAAUUCUUGUCUUGUAUCAAUACUAUCAUGUCAUGGCUGGGAAAUUACAACUGCGGAAGGGAUUGGUAACAAGCGAAUCGGUUAUCACGAAGUCCAAAAACGUCUAGCAAACUUCAGCGGUACCCAGUGUGGAUAUUGUACUCCGGGAUUUGUUAUGAGCAUGUACAGCCUUUAUCAAUCUAAAAACCAAAAAGUCUCAUCCAAAGAGGUCGAAAACUCAUUUGCAAGCAAUAUUUGCCGGUGCACUGGUUACCGACCAAUUGCUGAUGCAUUUAAGUCUUUAGCUGAAGAUGCGGAUGAUAACCUACUUAACCAAUUAGUAGAUGUAGAAGAUUUAAAUACCAUUAAGCCAUGUACAUUUCAAUAUUCCCAAGAAGAAAUGCAUGAUUACAGUCUCCUUGAUAAUAUUAGUUUAGAAACCAAUAAUUCAAAUGCUGACGUUGAUAGUUUUAAAGACCCCUCUUGGUGUAUACUUGGAAAGUCAAAUGGACAAAUGUUCACGAUUGAAUCAGACUCACAUAAAUGGUACAAAGCAUAUAAUUUAGAUGAUAUCUUUAAAGCUAUGCAAAAUGACGGCGAUUAUGAAAUAAUAGCUGGAAACACAGGUCAAGGUGUGAUACCUGUUACGGAGUAUCCGCCGAAUAUAAUUGAUAUUUUCAAUGUAUCCGAAUUAAAAGAACAUACAGUAGAUGUGAAUUUAAUCAUAGGAGCCGGUAUGCCAAUAUCAGAAGCUAUGGAAAUUUUCUUAAAGAUGUCAGAAAACGAGGACUUUUCUUAUUUAAAAGAAUUAUAUAAUCAUUUGGAUUUAGUCUCUCAUAUCCCUGUUCGUAAUAUCGGAACAAUUGGUGGAAAUCUAAUGUUAAAACAUAAGGAUAAUAAAUUUCAAUCAGAUCUAUUUUUGAUUAUUGAAACUGUUGGAGGAAUGAUCACAAUUGCUGAAAGUGUUGCUAAAACUAAUAUAAUAUCUCUUCCCGAAUUUUUGCAUACCGACAUGAAAAGAAAAAUUAUUUUGAACAUUAUGCUGCCUCCUCUUUCACAAAGUUGUUAUCUUAAAACUUUUAAGAUAAUGCCCCGAGCACAAAAUGCUCAUGCAAUUAUUAAUGCUGGAUUUCUUUUAAAAUUUCAUCACAAUUCUAAUUUAGUUGACAAAGCGACAAUUGUAUAUGGCGGUGUGUCACAAAGUUUUAUACACGCAGAGAAAACUGAAGCAAUUUUAGUUGGCAGAGAUCCAUACACAAACGACACAUUACAGUUGGUAUUAAAGAAUUUAGAAGAAGAACUACAACCAGAAGAAAAUUAUCCAGAGCCUACUGCUGCCUUUAGAAAAAGGCUUGCUUUAGCAUUAUAUUAUAAGGCAAUACUAAGUUUAUGUCCAGAUGAAAAAGUAAAUCCAAUAUACAAAUCAGGUGGACAACUUAUAAAAAGAGAGGUAUCAAAAGGGAGUCAAAGUUUUGAAACAGACAAAAGUGUUUGGCCACUAAACCAACCUAUGGCUAAAAUGGAAGCAUUUUUACAAUGUGCCGGUGAAGCCAUAUUUUCUAACGACGUUCCGUCUAUUGUUGAUGAAGUUUUUGCAGCGUUCGUAACAGCAGAUGUUAAUGCUGGAAGUAUUAUAAGUGGUUUUGAUACUUCGGAAGCAUUUAAAAUUCCAGGAGUAAGUGCAUUUUACACUGCGAAGGAUAUACCAGGAAACAACACUUUUACUCCAAAUAAUAUUCCUCUAAUGUCUGCUGAUGAAGAAAUACUAUGUUCUGAAAAAGUUAUGUUCUAUGGACAACCAGCUGGAAUCAUCGUUGCUGAUCGGGAAAAAACAGCUCAAAAAGCUGCUAACAUCGUUAAAAUUACAUAUUCUUAUGUAAGCACAAAAAAACCGUUGUUGACCAUGGACGAUGUACUUAUAUCAACUGAAAUACAUGAAAGAUUGAUGAAAAAUGAAAUUGUCGAACCGACAGAAAUUGGUAACGAUGUUAAGAAAGUGUUAAGUGGAGAGUUCAAAUUAAGAGGUCAAUACCAUUUUUAUAUGGAACCGCAAACAUGUGUAACUAUACCAGUUGAAAAUGGAAUGGACAUUUAUUCAUCAGCACAAUGGCUAGAUUUGACAAAUGUUGCAGUUACGCAGUGUCUUAAAAUACCUGUAAAUAGGAUUAAUGUGAUUAUUCUAAGACUAGGGGGAGGAUAUGGUGGUAAAAUAUCACGAUCCACUCAAAUUGCUUGUAGUGCUGCCUUAGUAACCCACUUACAAGGGAAACCAUGCAGGUUCAUAUUGCCCUUGAUAACAACUAUGAAAUCCAUUGGAAAAAGAUUGCCAACAAAUAAUAAGUUUGAGGUCGGUGUUAACGAAGAUGGCCUGAUUCAGUAUCUUAAAAACACGUUUUAUCAAGAUUGUGGAUAUUCGUUUAAUGAAAUGAUUGCUGAGAGAACGGUUAAGCACUUUAACAGCUGCUACGAAUCGAAAAGCUGGAAAAUCGAAGCUAACAGUAUUAUCACUGACAAUGCAUCUAAUACUUACUGCAGAUCACCUUCAUCAGCAGAAGGAAUAGCGAUGAUAGAAAAUAUAAUGGAAUAUAUUGCGUAUAGCCUGAGAAAGGAUCCUAUAGAAGUCCGUCUAUUAAAUAUGGUUUCAGAAAAUAAUCCAUUACCAGAAAUGAUAAAUCAAUUAAAGAUAGACUCAGAAUAUGAGUCACGUACAAAAGACGUAAAAAUAUACAACGAACAAAACAGAUGGAGAAAAAGAUCAUUAAAAAUAAUGCCAAUGACUUUUGAUAUUUUCUAUUUUGGAAAUUAUAAUUCGGUUAUAUCCGUCUACCAUGGUGAUGGUACUCUGACCAUUCAUCACGGGGGUGCCGCUAUGGGCCAAGGCUUAAAUACAAAGAUAGCUCAAGUAUGCGCCUAUAAACUAGGAGUACCUUUGAAAAAAAUUAUUGUCAGACCUAGUACGAGUUAUUUCUCACCGAAUGCAAUGGUAACUGGUGGUAGUAUUGGCAGUGAAUGUAUUGCAUUUGCAACAAUAAAGGCAUGUGAGAUUCUUUUAGAAAGAUUAGCUCCUAUAAAAGAAACAGGAACAUUAUCUUGGGAAGAGCUUAUUUCUAAAGCAUAUGGAGAAGGUGUUGAUUUACAAGCGUCUUAUAUGUAUUCGCAGAAAGACAACUUGAUACCGUACAAUGUAUAUGCAGUGUGUGCAGUAGAAAUAGAAAUCGACAUAUUAACCGGUAACCACGAUAUAAGAAGAGUUGAUAUACUUGAAGAUACGGGAAGAAGUAUAAGUCCUACAUUAGAUGUUGGGCAGAUCGAAGGUGCCUUUGUUAUGGGAAUAGGCUACUGGACAUCAGAAAACCUUGUCUACGAUCAGGCAACUGGAGAACUCCUCACAAAUCGUACAUGGAAUUAUAAGCCGCCAGGAAUUAAGGAUAUCCCUGCCGAUAUGAGGAUAUACUUUCGUAGAAACGCUGGAAAUGAAUUUGGCGUACUUCAGUCUAAAGCAACUGGCGAACCAGCAUUUUGUCUGGCCACGAUACUCCUGCACGCAUUCCGCGAUGCUAUUCGUUACGGGCGACUGGAUGCAGGAUAUCCAGACCAAUGGGUGGAAAUUGGUGCUCCGUGUACAGUGGAAAAUAUAUUUAUGGCAUUUGAUCACAAAAUAGAACACUUUUUGCUGAAUUAAAUAGAUUA